AUGGAGGUUAAGAGAGUCAGUGAUAGGCUAAUGAAGAUUAAGUUGGUCAUUGGAGGUUUUACGCUGCAUGUGUACAGUGUUUAUGCACCACAGGUAUGCUUGGAAGAGAAAGUGAAGGCAAGAUUUUGGGAGAAUUUAGAUGAGGUGGUGAGAAGCGUGCCUAUCUCAAAGAAGAUAGUCAUAACAGGGGACUUCAAUGGGCACAUUGGGAUCCUACCAGAAGUCUAUGAUGAUAUGCAUAGUGAUUUUGGUUUUGGUGUUAGAAAUGGUGAGGGUACGGCUCUGUUGGAGUUUUUGAGGGCCUUCAAGAUGGUGUGGUGGAAUGAAGAAGUGAAGAAAAAAGUAGAGGUUAAGAAGGGGGUGUAUGUUAAGUUGAUUGAGAGUAAAGAUGAAGAGGAGAAACAGGUGAAUAGAAAGGUUUACAAAGUAGCAAGAAAGGUGGCUAAGUUAGCAGUUACAGCUGCUAAGUCAGCAACAUUAGAGAGCUUAUAUGCGGGGUUAAAAGAGAAAGACAAGGAAAAGAGGUUGCUCAGGAUCGCUAAGGUUAGGGAUCGGAAGGGUCAUGACCUCGAUCUAGUGAAUUGCAUUAAAUGA